UUCAUAUGAUGAGGCUUUUAUUAUGGCCAGUGACCCCUUGGAAGGCUUUCAUGAAGUGAACCUCGCUUCGCCUACUACACCAGAUCUUCUUGGAGUAAAUGAUCCAGGGACUCAGGAACAAACUACCUCACCCAGUGUUAUCUACCGACCACAUCCUUCUGUUGUGUCCUCCGCACCAAUCCAGCCCAAUGCAUUAAACGUUUCUGACCUUCCCACACAACCUGUUUAUUCAUCUCCCAGACAGCUGAAUUGUGGAGAGGCAUCAGGUGUCAGCAUCAAUGUUACCGACGCCAUACUUUGUUCUACCUCUGGACCCCAGGGUGGGUCAUUCAAUCACAAUAAUUCCAGAAAGGAGAGCAAUAACGCAGAGAGAGAGUUUUUGCAGGGUGCUACAGUAGCAGAUGUUGCUGAAGGAAAUGAAGAUAUUUUUGGGUUGAGUACAGACAGUUUAUCUCACUUACGGAGCCCAUCUGUACUGGAAGUAAGAGAAAAGGGCUAUGAAAGAUUGAAAGAAGAACUUGCAAAAGCUCAGAGGGAGCUGAAGUUAAAAGAUGAAGAAUGUGAAAGGCUUUCUAAAGUGCGAGAUCAACUUGGACAGGAAUUGGAAGAACUUACAGCUAGUCUGUUUGAGGAAGCACACAAAAUGGUUAAAGAAGCUAACGUCAAACAAGCUGCAGCAGAAAAACAGUUAAAAGAAGCACAGGGAAAGAUUGAUGUCCUCCAGGCUGAAGUAGCAGCAUUGAAAACACUAGUACUGUCUACUUCACCGACAUCUCCAACUAAGGAGUUUCAGUCUACUGGAAAAACUCCUUUUAAGAAAGGCCAUGCAAGAAACAAGAGUACAAGCAGUGCUAUGGGUGGCAGUCAUCAGGACCUUACCAUGAUGCAGCCAAUUGUAAAAGACUGUAAAGAGGCUGACCUAUCUUUGUACAAUGAAUUCAGAUCUUGGAAGGAUGAGCCUACUAUGGACAGAACGUGUCCUUUCUUGGACAAAAUUUAUCGGGAAGAUAUUUUUCCAUGUUUAACCUUCUCAAAAAGUGAGUUGGCCUCAGCUGUUCUGGAAGCUGUUGAAAACAACACUCUGAGCAUUGAACCUGUUGGCUUGCAACCUGUUCGAUUUGUGAAAGCUUCUGCAGUUGAAUGUGGGGGACCAAAGAAAUGUGCUCUCAGUGGACAAAGUAAGUCAUGCAAGCAUAGAAUCAAAUUAGGAGAUUCAAGCAGUUAUUACUACAUUUCUCCUUUCUGUCGUUACAGGAUCACUUCUGUGUGUAACUUCUUUACAUAUAUUCGAUACAUCCAGCAAGGACUCUUGAAGCAGCAAGAUGUGGAUCAGAUGUUCUGGGAAGUUAUGCAGCUGAGAAGAGAGAUGUCACUAGCAAAACUUGGCUAUUACAAGGAAGAGCUCUAAAUCUUUUUACUCUUGCGUAUGCAUGAACUUCAUUGAAUAUACAUAACUAAAAUUGCUGAAUCUUUUUUUUUGUCACUUGAUAUUUAUUUCCACAAAGUGGGUCCAAGAUCUUCUCCUUUUGCAGAUUGCACUAAGAAGUACUGUGAUUGUUUUAAACUGACCUAUGCUGUAUAUGCGUACGUAUAAUACUUAGUUGAACAAAUGUGGUAAGCAUUUGCAGGUGUAUUAGUGAUUGUAAUUUACAUUUAAAAACAAAACUUCUGAUUAAAGUGUUAGUCUGAAGCA